UGGACACAGCAUGAUCGGCACAGGGCUCCUCCUGCCCGGCCCGCCUGGGAGGGCAGAGGCACCGGCAGAUUCCAGCGGUGGGAGAGGACACGGCGGUGCAGCCCCGUGAGUCACGGCCCGCCUGGGCCAGGCCUGGCAACGCCGGCUAACGGGAUCAGGGAGCCAUGAACUGGAGCGCGUUCGAGGGGCUCCUCAGCGGGGUCAACAAGUACUCCACAGCCUUCGGCCGCAUCUGGCUCUCCCUCGUCUUCAUCUUCCGCCUGCUGGUCUACCUGGUGGCGGCCGAGCGGGUCUGGAGCGACGACCACAAGGACUUUGACUGCAACACGCUGCAGCCGGGCUGCACCAACGUCUGCUUCGACCACUUCUUCCCCGUGUCCCACAUCCGCCUCUGGGCCCUGCAGCUCAUCCUGGUGACGUGCCCGUCCCUCCUGGUCAUCAUGCACGUGGCCUACCGGGAGGCCAAGGCGCAGAGGCUGCGCGAGGCCGGCGGGGGCGGCUGCCGCCGCAUCUACGCCAACCCCGGCAAGAAGCGGGGCGGGCUGUGGUGGACGUACCUGCUCAGCCUCGUCUUCAAGGCCGGUGUGGACGUGGUCUUCCUCUACAUCUUCUACCGCUUCUACAGGAACUACACCCUGCCCCGGCUGGUGAAGUGCGAGCUGCCGCCCUGCCCCAACGUGGUGGACUGCUUCAUCUCCCGGCCCACCGAGAAGAACAUCUUCACCCUCUUCAUGGUGGUCACCGCCUGCGUCUGCGUCGUGCUGAGCCUCGUGGAGGCCGCCUACCUGAUCGGCAAGCGGUGCCGAGAGUGCCUGCAGGCUGGUGGGGAGCAGAGCCGGCGGCACAGCCAGGACUGCCCGCUGCCCUGCGCCGAGCCCGUGGGCACGGCGGGGCAGGUUUUCCAUGGGGCGGACUACAAACCCCCCACAGCCACCAUCCCACCCACGGCGUCCUGCCCCAGCACUGUGUCUGAGGAGGAGGCGCUUUCCUAGAGCUGCCGGGGAGAAAGCAGGAGCCUCUCGCCUGCCCUGCACCUUCAUCCCCCUCUUCCUCCUCCGUCCCCCGGCACAGGAA